AUGCCCACUUGGAGGGCAAAAGACACUAUUUCAACUGCCGGUCCGCUGCCCGCCAGCUACUUUUCUUUGCUAGCUUUGGCUUAACUUUUACCAAAAUGCCAGAUAGUUGUUGUGCAAUUGGCUGCAGAAAUCGACGAGGGAACAAGCCUGGGUUGUGCUUUUACAGAAUCCCGUCUGAGAAAGAAAACCCAGAGAGGAGGAGGUUGUGGAUAUGUGCCUUGAGACGUGCCUCCGUCCCUGGGGAAAACAAACAAUGGCAACCAUCCAAGUACACACGUCUUUGUAGCGAACAUUUCAUCAAAGGUGCCAAAUGUGACGACCCUUUGUCCCCUGACUGGGUUCCAUCCAUCUUCUCACACAUUCCAGCCACCAAGAAGAGGAAAAGGGAGAAAGACAUGGAAAGGUAUGAGCAGCACAGCAGAACGAAGAACAAGAGGGUGGAGGAGAAAAAGAAGAAAGAUGCAGUGGAUGUCCUCGACCUGUCAUCAGUACCAGAUGCUGGACCUGCGCCACCUGCUGUGGAUGAACAACAGUGUGGCAACAAGCCAUGCAAGGAAAAUAUUGCAAGAUUACAAAGGGAGUGUAAUGACCUCAGAGAGGAAAACCUUAAACUGAAAGAAAUUAUUAAAUCAGGAACAUUUGAUGAACUGGCUUUUGAAAAAGAUGAUGAAAAAGUGAAGGCAAUGACUGGAAUCCCCUCAUAUUCAAAGUCACAAGUAGUUUUAACAUUUGUGUUUUCAUUUCUGCAGACUGGUACAAACCUCUCUCCCUUCCAACAAAUUCUGUUAACUCUUAUGAGGCUGAAAAUGAACCUUCCCCUGUCAUUGCUUGGUUGUAUGUUUAAGAUCUCAAUUCCCACUGCCAGCAGAACAUUUAGAAGCACCAUUGAAGUGCUGAAUGCAAGACUUGCUCCAGCACUUUUGUUUUGGCCAAAUCGAGAGGAGCUUCAGUUGUCAAUGCCUAUGAUAUUUAGACAGGUUUUUCGUAAAUGUAGGGCCAUAUGAAAUCCGUUUUAUUUUUUUCCAAAUUCCGUUUUAUUUUUUUCCAAAUUCCGUUUUUUCCGUUUUAAUUUUCAUUAAUUCCGUUUUUACACUUAAAAUCAUCAGAACGAG